AUGUUGAUCAUGGCUAGGAGGAAGAUGCAAAGGGUGAGAGAGAUCAAGCUCGAGGGUAGUUCUGUGCUCUCACCCGCGUUUGCAGCAAACGGUGCCUGGAGCUAG